AAGGGGGUCCUGGAGCAGAUGGACCGGGGGGUGGUGGACCUCCAGGAGCUCCGCAGGAACCUGGAGCUCGCAGCCGCCAUGUUGGAUUCUGUCUACACCGACGAGACCAAGCGUCUGUUGGACACGGAGGACGAGCUCAGCGACUUGCAGGCGGAGUCUGUGCCCAGCGAGGUCCGUGAUUGGCUGGCCUGCACCUUCACCAGGAAGAUGGGCGUGGCCAAGCGUCGCCCCGAGGAGAAGCCGAGGUUCAGGAGCAUCGUGCACGCAGUGCAGGCUGGGAUAUUCGUAGAAAG